AUGGCUGUUGGUUCCAAGUCCCCCCUAGCAUCCUUCCUCCAAAGAGAGGCAGAGAAAUGGCGGGGCCACCAAGUGGUUGUCUGGAAAUGUGACAAGGGAGAAAUCGAAUUCUCCUGCGACACUCUACACGCUCACUUCGACCAGGGAGGAAUGAAGCCCCAUAACAUGUGGGGUAAGGGUAGUCACAACUACGGACUGUGUGUGAUCCUACAUGGUACUUUCCGUUACAUCAACUCCUCGGUAAACAAAGACAAUCACAGCCUAUGGGUUUUGUCAAAUUCAACAGAGCCAGAUGCGUGCAAGUUUAACGAAGAGAAGGGUGUCUCCUUCGCAGCACAGCCUCAACUGAACUCAACUUCGUGGAUGAAGUAUCUUAGCGAUGAGUUACCACUUGACAAGGUGACACUCCCAGGAACUCGCUACAGCUGUGCUUCUACCUCAAAUAUCGAAGACGCGGAUGUGCAUAUUGAACCCGAAACCGACGGCCUCAUUGGGAAAAUCAAAGAAAUGCACAAACACCACGACGAUUCGAUUUCCCAGCAGCUGAACAAGGGGAUACGGCUACUUGACAUCUGUUGCGGGGUCGACAAUUUCGUUUCACAUGGGCCUUUGACCAUCGCAAAUACGUAUGUGGAAGAUGCUUUGGAUGCUGUAAAGAGGUUUGUAAAGAAACACGAUACAGAGACCGUCGUUGUGUCGCUCAAUUGGUCAUCCUCCUGCGUCAAAGUCCUGGACUCUGCCAAACCUUGGCGAGGAGGGGGGUCCUCAACUCAUGACGAUACAAUCCCGCCCGGCUUCCACGAGUAUAUGAAGGCGAUCACCAAAGACGAAGUUUACUAUACUGGAAACACCUGGCCGAAGCUUAGCACUGCUCGUGGCAAGGUGGUAAUUGCCUGUGGGUGGAAGACCGGUGACCCCGACCAUGGGGACCAUUGGGGAGUGCAUUAUCAGCCACCAAAAUGGCAGUUGGCCCGUUUCUCUACGCCAUACGUACUGGACGAACUAAUCAGCGAAAGGUGGGAGAAGAUUCAAAAUGAGCUUCACACAUCCCCGCGUAAGCACCAGGCCGUCGUUCUUGCCGCCUCACUUCAGCAUGAUCCAUAUACGGAGACCGGAUGGAUUGAGCCACGCAAGACGGCUGCAGGUCUACAGGCAAAAUUGAAACAGCACAUCGAUGAACAGAGGAAGAAGAUUUGUGGGCUAUGGGUUCAUGGUGACUUCAUGGAGAAAGAUACGAUCAUGGCGAUAGCAAAACUCAACUGGGAGGGCUUCAAGAAGAAUGAGCGGCGAUUUCAGUUGGGCAUAUCUCCUUCUCAGGCCCAACAGGCGCUUCGAAAGGCAAUUUAG